AUGGCGUUGAGCACCCAAAGAGCCUCUGAUCCUUCAGCUGAUCAGUCAGCUCCUCCUCAAUGGAACUACGAUGUGUUUUUGAGUUUCAGGGGUGUAGACACUCGAAAUAGCUUUGUGUCCCAUUUAUACCACGAAUUGCAGCACAGGGUUCUGCCUGUGUUUUAUAAUGUGGAUCCCUCCGAUGUGCGAAAACAAAGCGGCAGUUUUGCAGGGGCGUUCGCUGAGCAUGAGAAAAGGUUUAGGGAAGACAUAGAAAAGGUGAAGCGCUGGAGAGCUGCUUUAACAGAAGUUGCCAAUUUAUCGGGGUUGGAUUCAAAUAAGAUUCAGUGUGAAAGAAAGCUCAUUGAAAAGAUUGUUGAUUGGGUGUGGGGGAAAGUGCAUCGCACAUUCAAAUUGUUAGAUUCCACAGAGUUAGUGGGAAUUAAGUUUACACGUGAGGAAAUGGAUUUGCUUCUAGAUCCUACAGAUGAUGUUCGCUUUGUAGGGAUAUGGGGGAUGGGAGGCAUUGGCAAGACAACCAUUGCUAGGCUUGUUUAUGAAAGCAUUUCUAUUCAUUUUGAAGUUAGCUGCUUUCUUGCUAGUGUUAGAGAGGCUUCUGAAGGUAAUCGUCUUGUUGAUCUACAAAGACAGCUUCUUUUCCCUAUCUUGAAGAAACAAAUUACUCGAGUUUUGAAUGAAGACUGGGGGACCCAUUUCAUUAAGAAUUGCUUAUGUAAUAAAAAGGUUCUUCUCAUUCUUGAUGAUGUGAAUGCAUCAAGCCAACUAGAGAAAUUUGCUAAGGAAAAGGAUUGGUUUGGUAAGGGGAGUAUAAUCAUCAUUACAACUAGAGAUGAACGGUUGGUUAAAAAGCAUGAUAUGGAGAUAUCAUAUAAGCUUGAGGGAUUAGGUGAUGAUGAGGCUCUUGAGCUCUUCAGUCUGAAUGCCUUUAAAAAAUUUGAGCCUGACGAAGUUUUGAUAGACUAG